AUGCAUGAUCUAAACUUUAUCCAUUUCUCUAUGCAUAAGAAUGGUCCUCAGAUCACACAUCUUGCUUAUGCUGAUGAUAUUAUUAUCUUCAGCAGUGGCAAUUCAAAGUCCAUUAAGCUGGUUAUGAAACAAAUUAGAAAUUAUGAAAUUUCUUCUGGUAAGAUAGUGAACAAGGACAAAGGUUUUUUCCUAGUUGGUCCUAAAUCUUGUGCAUAUAGGAUUAACAGAAUUAGGAAUAAAACUGGUUUCUUGGAUAAAAGUUUUCCUUUUACUUACCUUGGGUGCCCUAUCUACAUUUAUAGAAAGAGAUUGUCUUAUUUUGAUAACAUGACUGCUAAGAUUAUUGAAAGGUUGAGUGGUUGGCAAGGCAAUAUGCUCCCUUGUGGGGGCAAAAUGUACCCUGUUAGUAAGAAGUGGUGCACUAGUAAUUCUCAAGCUUGGAAGUAUCUGUUGUGGGCUAGGGACAAGUGCAAAAAUCAGAUAAUUUGGAAGAUCAAUGAUGGUCAGUGCUAUUUUUGGUGGGAUAACUGGACUGAGAUGGGACCUCUUGCUCAACUUUGUCCAAAUUUCAUCACAAGAAGCACUAAUAAGAAGAAGGUCAAAGAUUUUAUUAGUAACAACAUUUGGGAUGUUCAGAGAUUAUACAACACUUUGCCCAGUCCAGUCGCUCUACAUAUCAGUUCCAUUAAAUUAGGACAGUGCAACAAAAGUGAUUAUGCUAUUUGGAAAGCAACUGAGGAUGGACACUUCUCCAAUGGUUCAGCUUGGCAUACUAUUAGAAAGCACAAAGUAACUAAUGCGGCCAUUGGCACUAUAUGGCAUAAAUCUAUUCCUUUUAAACAGUUUUUCAUGUGUUGGAGAAUUUACUAUGGUAGAGUUCCUCUUUAUAAAGGAUUAAACAUAAGUGAUUCUCAGAAUAAUGCAGAUUGUUUGUGUUGUUUUGUUCCUAAAAAUGAAACUAUUCAACAUGUUUUUGCGGAAAGUAACUGA